AUGGGUUAUGAGACUAUCAUCUGUAUGGAAUUUUUUACGUCUUUAAUGUUAGCGGCACGGGGAAAGAAUACUAUCGGAAUUUCGAAGAACUACAGAAAUCCUUAAUGCCACUCAAGCUUCAAAUGUACACUUUAUCUUGAACCGAGUAUUAACUACACUAAAAUAUACAGAUGACCUGAAGUAGAUUCCCCAAAAGAACCUCUACGAGCCUUUACAUGUGAAUACUGUGUAUAGUUCUGUAGUCAUCUCUAUCUGCCCAGAUAAAUUGCAUGAUGGUACUGCACAAAAUCACUUAUCGUGACUCUCUUAUCAGAAACCCGAAGAAAACCGCGGGCCAUUCGAUGCCGCCGACUUUCCCGCCUUUCCUUCGGCACCCACUCCCCAACCAGCAGCCUUACAACUCACCCGACACUGCAAUUCAACAGAAGAACCAGCGUCUGGUCAGGUUCUCGUGGCCCUUUAAACCGGCCAUGCAGUCCAUGCCAUUGCUGCUCAGGCAGUCCCUCCGAUCAACCGUCACCUUCACAAGAACCUCUCGUCCGGUCCGAUCACCUCUUCAUUCCGCCGUUGGCCCGAAGCCUCUACCAGCUGGCUCACGGCGGCAGUUUUCGAUUUGCGUACAAUGCCAAUUUCGGUCGCAGUUUGCUCUGUACUCAUCAAAUGAGACUGAAAAGUUGAAAGAUGGAAAGACUGUUGAGCAGCCGGCGGACAAGGACCAGCCUGCUACAGGUUCGUCCGAGCGGAGCUCAACAAUUUAUCUCGGAGCGGGGAGCUUGGAGCCUCCCCCGUCUGCCAAGGAGGGGAAUGAGACUGAAGAGGUUCAGCAACAGGAGGUUAGGGAUGACGCGAAAUUCCAAGGAACUGAGAGCAGUGGCCUGCCAUCGUAUUUGGAGAACCGCAGGUCCCAGGUUUCCAAGCAAUUUACUACCAUGAUGGAUAACCUUCAAUCCAACAUUUUCGUGGCAGGCCAGCGAUUGAAUGAUCUGACUGGUUAUUCAUCCAUUGAAGCACUUAAGAAAGAUAUACACAGUCAAGAGGAGCGACUCCGAGCUGCCCGCCUGCGAGUCCGUGAAGCCAAAGAUGCAUAUGCAGCUGCCAUCAACAAUCGAUCAACUUCACAGCGUGAAGUCAACGAACUUCUCCAGCGGAAACAUGCCUGGUCAGCAUCAGACCUGGAACGGUUCACCCACCUCUACCGUAACGACCACACCAACGAAGUAGCCGAAAACGACGCUCAGGAAGCUCUAUCAGUAGCAGAACGCGAGUCCGAGGAAGCUGCCGCGCAAUUGAAUAAAAGCAUAUUGUCCCGGUACCAUGAGGAACAAGUCUGGUCUGACAAGAUCCGCCGCAUGAGUACCUGGGGUACCUGGGGUCUCAUGGGUGUGAACGUUCUUCUCUUCCUGAUCUUCCAGAUCGCCGUGGAACCAUGGCGCCGGAAGAGGCUAGUCAAGGGAUUUGAGGAGAAGGUUAUUGAAGCCAUUGAGAAGGAAAAGGCCAUGAACCACGUUGAGAUCCUGGCUCCUGUCAAUGCCACUCAGCAGACUCCCGCCGCACCCCUUGCCACAGACUCAUCCGCUCCUAUCGUCGCAGCUGCACCAUCUCAAGCUGCUGAAGAAAUAGCCUCCAACGCAGUCUCGGCCGAAGUACCAGACGUCCCAGAGUCAGCGACUCCCGUACCCGACACGACAACAACACCCGACAACCAGAACACCCUGAACGACCUUCUCGAAUCCGCCAAAUCUCAAGUAUCGCGUUUCCCCCCUCCUACCUCCGUUGAAUCCUGGCGUCAGUAUAUCAGAGAUCUUUUCAGUGAUCGCAACCUAGUCAUCACCCAACGGGACCUGUCGUCCCUCGCUCUCCAGAGUGCGGCUGCUGGCGCAGCUAUCAUGGGUCUAGUGAUUGCUCUUAUCCGGCCGCGGUGAAAUGACCGCGUGCAGGCAUGUCAGGCUAGAUGAGCCAUUGUAAUUAGCGUGCCAUUAAUUUGUUUGAAAAUGCUGUGUAUAAAUGUGGCAUAGAUAUUCACAUAGAGCAUUUGUGUAACAUAGUCUUGAAUGAAUGAUUACCUGUUAUCAUUACCCUAUUUUGGAGUUCGC